CCGAGAGUUGCUUUUAAUUCCUGUGGUCGCACUCAUUCUUCGUCACCGGUCGUCUAAUGCUUCAGACUUCAAACAAGCGGGCCGCUCCAGAUAAUACCCAUAAUGAACGUCCAGCAAAGAGAUUUACCACAUCCUCGCCAGAAGAAGGCGAAGUCGAUGACUCUUUGCCACCUUCUCCGCGCCCAACAAUAAUUCCCCUACCACCCAAACCAGCUCCUUCCAAGUUCGAGACUAAGGUCAAGUUUCCUUUCAAGAAGAAAACAAACGGUCCAGAUGCUCCUGGUCCCUCUAGUCAAAGAAUUAGUCCUAUGAUGGACAGAAGGCAUACUUCGGUUUAUGAGAGAUCCGAAGACGACGAGAGGCGCAUUCGGGAGGAUGACCAGCGCAACGGCAGACCCAGACCUUACUGUGACCAAUCUCGCAAAAGGGGUGGCGCUCAAAUAACUAAUCAUUGGCAGCCUUCCUAUAGUAGAGAAGGCGACCGUCGCCCCCCUGCCUGGGAUCUUCCACGGGAACCUUACAGGCCUGCUCAUGACACCUAUAUUCCAGCACGGGAUAGAUAUGACAGUCGUGUCUACGGAAGGGAACGCGAUAUUUCUUCAUUGUCACCUCAUUCACCUGACCGCUCCCGUUCCCCGUCCUCCUCUUCUUCUUCGCACCGAGGAAAGCACAGAUUGCCCUCGCGUCGCUCUCCCAUGGUGAAUUAUAGUCCGCCUCGUCGUGACUAUGGUGUGGACAGACUACAUGACCAAAGGAUGCGUGAUGGGGGCUGGGAACGCGCCCGUCACAAUGACCAUAAUCGCUGGGGGGUACCAUCGGACAAUGACAACUACUCACGGAUAGACGACCGCUAUCGUCGUCCUAUGCGCCACUCGCCACGUCGCGAACGCGAACGUUCAUGGGACUCCUAUGAUAGGGACCACCCAAAUCAUAUUGAAGCAGGACGUGAUGCCGAUCGUGAUACCUAUCAUACGGAGAGUCGUCUUUCUGUGGCACCUCGUGCUCACGAUGAUGACCGUGACCAUCAGGAUCGUCCUGUUUCCCCGGGUGUAUCCCGUCACCCUUCCCCUCAAUCACCUUCGGCUUCAACUCACACACAUGUUCGCCACACACCGCCACCGCCACCUUCUCCUCCACCUCCCGUCCCCACCCCUGAACGACCCAAAGAUGAUACCCUACCUCCUCACGCAGCUAUUUCGAUUGCGAUUCCUUUGAAACGGCCUCCAGCACCUAGAGACUCCCAUUCUCCAUCGCCACUUCCACUUCCGUCGGCUCAUGAAGAGCCAGUAAAGGAAAAGAAGGAUACCGCAGUGGAUGCGACGCAAAAAUUACCACCUGCAGAGCAUAAGCGAAAACGUGCCCCUGUGCAGCGUACGAGAAAGCAAGAACAAGAGGCAUACGGUCAUCUCUUCUUAGGUUGUGGCCAACAAAGCGACUACGACGCCACUGCGAAACUUGGUGAAGGUACUUUUGGAGAGGUGCACAAAGCAGUCCAUCACCUCACCGGGCGUCUGGUGGCCCUCAAACGUAUUCUUAUGCAUAAUGAGAAAGAGGGUAUGCCCGUAACUGCCUUGCGCGAGAUCAAAAUUCUCAAGGCAAUGAACCACUCAUGCAUCAUCGAGAUCUUGGAUAUGUUCGUCGUCCGUAGUAAUGGCAAGAACUCGCCCCUCUCUGUUUACAUGGUAUUCCCAUAUAUGGACCAUGACCUUGCUGGUUUACUGGAGAACGAGCGCGUAAAGCUCCAACCCAGCCAUAUUAAAUUGUAUAUGAAACAACUCUUGGAAGGAACGGAAUAUAUGCAUCGUAAUCACAUCUUACACAGAGACAUGAAAGCUGCCAAUCUUCUCAUCGAUAACAACGGUUCGCUCCGGAUAGCAGAUUUCGGUCUAGCACGCGCGUAUGAUCCGAGCGUUAUCCAUGGAGUCAUGGAUCAGCGUGGAAGAGAAAAAAAGUAUACAAACUGUGUCGUGACAAGGUGGUACCGUCCUCCAGAACUAUUGCUCGGCGCCCGACAGUAUGGUGGAGAAGUAGACAUCUGGGGCAUAGGAUGCGUUCUGGGAGAGAUGUUCAUGCGCAGGCCGAUUCUUCCUGGAUCAUCGGACAUUGACCAACUGGAGAAGAUUUGGCAGUUAUGCGGUACUCCCAAUCAGCAUACCUGGCCAAAUUACGAUGCACUACCAGGGUGCGAGGGCGUAAAGCGGUUCAAUCAGACCUAUUCCAAGAAGCUGAGAGCCGCGUAUGAAAGUAUCGGCCCUGAGACCUGUGACCUCCUGGAUAAGCUCCUCACAUGCAACCCAAGAGAUCGUAUUACUGCCUCACAAGCCCUUGACCACGAUUAUUUCUGGACUGACCCACUUCCCGCUGACCCCAAAACUCUUCCGUCAUACGAAGCUUCCCACGAAUUUGAUAAGCGCGGGCGACGCAACCAGCCACCACCAGGUAUUAUGCCUCCUGAUGGCUACUUCAGGCCCCACCCUUUGCCAAAUCAGCCCCCCGGGUUCUAUCCUCGUGGACCGCCGCAUCGCGACGCGUUCAGGUCAGGUCCGCCGCCGCCUGUUAUCAUGUCCGCUUUGUUACAGCAUCAAGGCAGUGGUCAGCCUCCUGGUGGUCAACAUCCUGGAGGUCAGCACGCUGGAGGACAACAUCCUGGGCAUUCCGGUAGUCAACAUCCCGGAGGCCAGCACCCCCCUUUUGGACGUCCACCAGCUCACGGCGCUGGGUAUCCUACCCGUGGGAUGCACCCGCUACGUCAAGCUCCUCGCACCAUGGAUCAUCCUGCUCAUCUACCGCCACGACCUGUGGCUCCUAUGGGAUCCGGUCCACCACCAUUUGGUGGUCGUGCCCCACGGCGGACGGGAGGGGGAAAUGGGACUGGUGGGGGAGGCUUGCCAUACUCAUGACCCCCUGUUCAUCUUUCUCGCACGCAUCUAUUGUGCUUUGUCGAUCUGCGCUUUCGUGUUCUUUCUUUGUUCUCUAGCCUACAUGCACACAACCCACUUUAUUUUCUGAGUCAGACGCUAUAGGUGGAGUAGAUCACUUAAACCUUCUAUGUUUGGUUGGACUAUUCACUGCACACACCCUCAAUAUGAACGUAAUACGUGGUGUUCAGUGCUUGAAUUCAACCUCGACACACCUGACCUUCGAAAUUACUAUUUCAAUCAAUCAUUGUGGGGAGGAGGGCCUUACCUCAACCGACCUUUAAAGUUCU